CCGCCUUGCUGUUGAUGUUUUAUCUCUUGUGUCUUUUAUUAUUACAAUUAAUUGAUUUCAUUUUUUUACCUUCUUUCUUUUUUUACACUCGUUAAACUAAUUAUUAUUGUUAUUCCCUGAAUUUCUGUUUCAUUGGUCUGGAAUGGCAAACAACUGAUUGGCCUGGUCGCUGUACAGUAACACCUUAAAAAUCUAGUCUGAUCAUAUGUUGAGCCUCUAUUUUGUUGUCUUGACACUUAUUGAGGCUUUAGAAUGAUUAUCGUAACAUUGAAUUUACUGAACGCAAAAAUUAUAACUGUCCUCCCAAUCUGUUGAUUUUUGACCUCUAAUUUACUUUACUCUAGAAUUUAGUAAAAGGUUGACCUGACAAUUAAAUCUACUUUGCUCCAAUUGUUCAUAUCAUCAUAUAUAGCCAGCUUAAGAUUCAAUGGAGAGUUCAAAGGGAGUCAAAUGCAAUUAAUGAUUUAUAGAGAGGCGGAUUUGCUUCUGUUUGUGACAAAAUUUGAUUACCCAAGUUAAUCGAAUUAACAGUUGACACAGAAAAAUAAACAUUUAUUGAAAAGUUGUGAACUUUAGUGAGAAGGAAGUGAAAGUAUUUAUUUUCUCUUCUAAUCAUCUUUGCAUCUUCAACAUAAUACCAUUGGCAACCCUACGAGCCACCUACGCAUUGACCUUUUGGCCUGGCCUGACAAUCUUGUCUCUCUACCUUUCAUUAGAGCAUUACCCUUUGCUUAUAAAUAAUAUUUAACCCAGUUAAAAAUGGCUUCAUCCAAACGAUUUGAGGAUCUUAAAGAAGAUUAUUACUCUGUUAGAGAUAAAAUAACAGCCCGAUUGAGACAAAGAAUUAGUGAAGCUGUUCUUAAUAACAUGUUCUCGGAAGGCGAUAAAAUUAUUGAUUAUAUGAAAAAUGAAGUAGACAUGGCUCCAAGUUUGGUUAAAACUGAAAUGAAUUUUAAUUGGAGUCAGAUUACUGCAGACUGGAAUGAUUACAAAAAUACUGCCCGAACCAAUCCUGGUGCAUUAAUUGGUGGUCCAUCCAUUGCUCCAUCAACUUCACGGCCAGUGGACUUUGAAACAAAUUUGAAGGUUACAAAAGGUAUUCAAAUUUUACAAAAAACUGGAGCCAGUUUAAGUCGAGCACAGAUGAUUGCCAAAGAAACUGAAACUAUUGGUACAACAGUUAUCACGGAAUUGGGUCAACAACGAGAAACAUUGACUCGAACAAGGGAAAGAUUAGAUGAAACUGGAUUUCAUUUGAAACGGGUGCAUGGUAUACUGAGAAGUAUCAAUAGGCGAGUUGUAACGAACAAAUUUCUACUCAUCGUUAUAAUUAUCAUUGAAGUGGGCAUAUUGGCAUGUCUAAUUUAUUGGAAGUUUUUCAAAUGAAAAUGUUGAUAUUUUUUGUUUUCAACUUUACAAAAUGCUGUGAUCUCAGUUUUUAAUGCUAUCCAAAUCAUAAUAGCAGCAACUAUAUUCUUGUUUUUUGUGUAUUACCAAACAAGGGAACCAAGAGAAGGACCUAUCGACUUUCCAUCAAACCACAAGCUGUUUUUUAAUCAAAGACAAUGAACAUGUUGAAUAUAUAUUUAUAAAUUUUCGUCUUAGUUAACAAUGGCAAACAAUUUACAACGAAAUGACUAAUUUUUUAUCCUACAAGAAUUACUUUUCAAUGUUUUCAUUCAUUUUUUAAUAACUAACUCACUGAUUAGACAAAAUCAAAGCGAUUGGAAUAAACCAGCCAAUUUUUUUUGCUAA